AUGCACCGUAGUAGGAUCGCAGCCUCGUACCGUUCUCGCUCAAAGAGCUUUGACUUCACUCAGAUUCACAGCUUGAAAGCGAACAAGCAAAGCUUCAAGGUCCACUUCUUCCCCUUUGCCAUCAACACUUUUCUACGCUAUCGACUAUCGACAAUGUCGUCAACCAAGAAAAACGCCAACGUUUCCUUCGAUGAGUCUGAAGCCGAAGAGCAAGUUGAAACUCCCAGCACUGGCUGCGGUAUCCUUGGGCGAUACCCGGUCCUUUCCGUGCUCUGUUUUGCGGCUGCCGGUAUUGCCCUUGGUCUUGGAUUGAGCUAUUGGAAUCCCGAAGACCCACAGGACAAAGAAACCGCGUUGAAGUGGAUUGGUCUGAUUGGUGACAUGUUCAUUCGAGCUCUGAAGGCUGUGGUCCUCCCCCUUGUGUUUGUGAAUGUCGUCCUUUCCGUUCUUGAUAUGAUGGCUGUUGGAAGAGCCUCAAGUGUUGGAUGGAAGACGAUUGGACUUUAUCUGCUGACUACCCUCCUUGCCAGCAUCAUUGGUUUGAUCUCUAUCCUCUCUUUCAAGGGACUCUUUGACCAGGGCGAAUUUGAAGACGCUUCUCCAGCUCGAGUCCAGCUUGGAUGCGAAGAAGAUAGCUACUUGUCGCAUGAUGAAGAUGGCAAUGUGGCCUGCAAUGCCAAUAUCACUGAAAACAAUGUCAUGAGCAGCUACUUCUACAUUGCUGAUGUGGAUGGAACUUUUGUGACAAAGUCUUCUGGUCCCGUGAAUGAUAUCAGCAUGAGUGACACAAUCUAUGAUGGAGUUUUCACCAAGCUAAUCACCAGCAACAUCUUUGACUCGUUUGUCAGCGCCAACUUUGCUGCUGUAGUCCUCUUUGCAAUCUGCUUUGGUGCAGCAUUGGCAAAGUCUAUGCAGAAGAAAGGCUUGAAGGAAUCUGAAUCAGUCUUUGUGUCAUUCCUCAAGGAAAUUGAUCAGGUGCUUAUUACAUUGAUCAAUUGGGUCAUCAUGAUCACACCAUUUGCUGUCCUAUCUCUCAUUGCCAAUGCCAUUGGAAAACAAGACGACCUCAAGGCAUCAUUUGAGAAUGUUGGAUACUUGGUGGCAGCCACACUAAUUGCCAUGUUUGUUCAUGUUGUCAUUGUGUACAUUGGUCUCUUUGGCUUCCUGACAAAGUCAAACCCUAUUGAAUACAUCCGAUUCCUGCUUCCAGCCCAGACUACAGCUUUUGCUUGUUCCAGCAGUGCUGCUACCAUCCCGGUCACCCUUAGGUGUGUGAAGGAAUCCGGUAGGGUACCAGACCCAGUGGCCAAGUUUGUGAUUCCAAUGGGGGCCACUGUAAAUAUGGAUGGAGGAGCCAUCUACUUCCCCUGUGCAUGCAUUUGGCUAGCAAUCUUGAAUGGAAUCACACCCACUUUUGGAAACUACAUCUUGUUGUGUGUCCUUGCCACUGUAGGAAGUGCUGGUACAGCUCCAGUUCCUUCUGCAAGUUUGGUCCUUAUCAUCACAGCAUACAACACUGUUUUUGGAACCACGGGAACACCUGAUGGAUUCUCCUUUAUCUUGGCCAUUGAUUGGUUCAUGGAUCGCUGCCGCACCGUCACCAAUGUGACAGGAGAUGCUGUUGUGGCUGGCAUUGUUGCUAGUAGAGUUACUUUUGAAGAUACUUUUGAACUGGAGGAGAACGAAGAUAGCAAGGCAAUGGUUCCUGAUGACACCAUUGAUGCCAAGCUCGCGGACGACUCCAGUGAGGGGCGCCUGAGCUAUGUGCAUGAUGUGACCGCCUAA